GUGAAUCCGAAUCACUUCCUGCCGCGGGACCCGUUUCCAUGGGACACAGACCCCGCUGCUGCUCCUGGCCCGGCCCCCCUGUGCCCGGCCGGGGGACCCAGCCCCGGGCGCUGCCCGACCCGGAGCCGGGCAGCGUUAGUGCCUUUUGGGGAUACAUUUUACCCUGAGAAUCCAAGCCAGGCUCUCAGCCCUGGACCCCCUGUGGCAGGCUCAGCACUUGUGAAAAUCAGGCCAGGCUACAGAAUCAGGUCCACGUUUCGCUGGAGAUCGUCCCAUCCUCCCAGGGAAGGGAAAUGGCUGCAGCGGAGCCGGUGACCUUCGAGGAGGUGGCUGUGUAUUUCACGGCGGAGGAAUGGGCCCUGCUGGACCUGGGUCAGAGAGCCCUGUACAGGGACGUGAUGCAGGAGAAUUAUGAGACCGUGACCUCGCUGGGAUUUCCAGUUUCCAAACCAGACCUCCACUCCUGGCUGGGAGGAAGGGAGGAGCCGUGGGUCCCCGAUCUCCAGGGCUGUGAGGAAAGGGAGAUCCCAAGCGAUGCCCACACAGCAGAUGGUGGGACGGUGAAUGAGAACGAGGAGGAGAAUCCUCACCAGGAAGAUCCUGAGCGAGUGGAACCACAGGGGACGAUAUCAGGAAGAGGUGAAGGGGACGUUUCCGAGAGUCCCAAGCAGGGAGAAACCCGUGAGAGUCAGAGCAGUGCGGAGAGGCAGCAGGGAAACCACUCGGAAGAGACACUGGUUAAAUCCACUCACAGCAGAAGAGGAGUGAAGAAAGUCAAAGAAAUUAUUCAACACAGAAUCCCCACUGGAGAGAGACCCUACGUGUGCGGUGACUGUGGGAAAAGCUUCCGGUACAGAUCAGAGCUUAUUAGACAUCAGAGAAUCCACACGUGCGAAAGACCUUACAAGUGUCCAGACUGUGGGAAAAGCUACAGACACAGGUCAACCCUUAGUGGGCAUCGUACACUGCACACGGGAGAGAAGCCCUAUAACUGCCCUGACUGCGGGAAAAGCUUUGGUCAGCGCUCACUCCUUAUUCAACAUCAGAGACUCCACAGCGGGGAGAAACCCUACAAAUGCUAUGAGUGCGGGAAAAGCUUCAGUCGGAACUCAAACCUCCUGUCACAUCACAGAACUCACACAGGAGAGAAACCCUUUAACUGCCCUGACUGUGGGAAAAGCUUCAGAUACUGGUCAACCCUUUUCAAGCAUCAGAGAAUCCACACAGGAGAGAAGCCCUAUAACUGCCCUGACUGCGGGAAAAGCUUUGGUCAGCGCUCAGCCCUUAUUAAACAUCAGAGACUCCACAAAGGGGAGAAACCCUACAAAUGCAAUGAGUGCGGGAAAAACAUCAGUCGGAAACACCUCCGAUCACAUCAGAGAAUCCACACAGGAGAGAAGCCCUAUAAGUGCGCUGAGUGUGGGAAAAGUUUCAGGAACAGCUCAAUCCUUAUUCUCCAUCACAGAAUCCACACGGGAGAGAGACCCUAUGAAUGUAGUGAGUGCAGGAAAAGCUUCCGUCAGAAGAAUGCCCUUCUAUCACAUCAGAGAACCCACACAGGAGAGAGACCCUAUAAAUGUCUUGAUUGUGAAAAAAGCUUUAGGAACAAGGCACACCUUAUUAGACAUCAGAGAACUCACACAACAGAGCGACCCUAUGAAUGCCUGGAGUGCGGGAAAAGCUUCCGUGAGAAUUCGCAAUUUCUAUCACAUCAGAGAAUCCACACAGGAGAGAGACCCUAUAUCUGCCCUGACUGUGGGAAAAGCUUCAGGCAGAAUUCACACCUCCUAUUACAUCAGAGAAUCCACCCAGGAGAGAAACCCUAUAACAGCUCUGACUGUGGGAAAAGCUUUGGUCAGCGCUCACCCGUUUUUGAACAUCAGGGACUCUACAUGGGAGAGAAGCCCUACAAAUGCAGUGAGUGUGGGAAAAGCUUCACUCGGAAGUAUUCCCUUCUCUUACAUCAGAGAACCCACACGGGAGAGAGACCCUAUAACUGCCCUGUCUGCAGGAAAAGUUUCUAUGAGAGAGCAGCCCUUAUUCAACAUCAGAGAAUCCACACGGGAGAGAAACCCUACAAAUGCAAUGAGUGUGGGAAAAGCUUCUGUCGGAACACAUACCUCCUAUCACAUCAGAGAAUCCACACAAGGGAGAAACCCUAUAACUGCUCUGACUGUGGGAAAAGCUUCAAUGAGAGCUCAGCUCUUAUUGAACAUCAGAGACUCCACAUGGGAGAGAAACCCUACAAAUGCAGUGAGUGUGGGAAAAGCUUCACUCGGAAGUAUUCCCUUCUCUUACAUCAGAGAACCCACACGGGAGAGAGACCCUCUAACUGCCCUGUUUGCGGGAAAAGUUUCUAUGAGAGAACAGCCCUUAUUCAACAUCAGAGAAUCCACAUGGGAGAGAAACCCUAUGAAUGCACUCAAUUCCUAACUUUAAGAGCUACUGAGAACUGGCAACUCCGUCAGUCCCUGUAUCUUGCACUCACCCACGGUGCUGCCUUUGCAUGCGAGUCCGAAUUACCUGCUGGUGAGAGAAACUUCCUGACAUCCCUCUCCCUUGGGACAUCACACUGCGUGUGUGAGCGAGAACAGCCAUCUUCUAACUUCACAUGCUCACUUCAGUCUUUGUGUGGGUGAACACGUCUACGUUAAUUUUAAUGCUGUUGUGUGUUUCUAGUUACAGAGUUGUUUAAUGUGUUCCUGCAUUACACUCCAGACUAGCCUCGUGAGAGCUUCAUUAAUUCCUGUUUUACCUUUGCCUAUUUUUAAUUUAAAAAAAGCCGGGUACGUUGUGGUAGUUCUCUUUCUAUAUUUGAAUAAUACAGUGCUCACCCAUGGAUGUAUGGUAUUUACCUUUAAUAACAAAUAAAUGAUGUAAUAAUGGCUUUGCUAGCUUUCAUGUAGUUGACUCUCCUUUAAAUUCUAUGACCUUAGCCAACCUACCUAGUUUCGUCCAAAUUCCUUUUCAGUUUAAAGGUUUAAAUAUCAAGUUGAAUUAUAGUUGUUGUAAUCUAGUUACUUCACUGAGUUUAUUCUUAUUUACCUGAUACUAUUUCUUUAUAAAGUUCAGCUGCAGAGCCGGCCCUACGGGGGUGCGGGGCCCGGGUCAGAAGUGACGUCACUUCUGGGAUCAACCGUGCCGGGUAGGGGAGGCUGGGGCAGCCAGUGCUGCCCCAAACAGCCAAGCACGGCCCUGCCCUGCCCACACUCGGGACCCUGAGGGGCAGCUUCAGCAGCGCCGCUGGGCUCCAGGCCGGGAGCGGGGGCCACGGUGCCCCCCUUCCAGAGGCUGCAGCAGCGCCACCGUGUGCUCCCCCCGGUGCACUCUCCAGCCUCUCCCUCGGGUGGAAGGGACGGAGCUGGAUGGUGCCUCCCCCAGCCCGCGGUUCUCCUGCUGCCCGUGUGGCGCUGGCCCACAGGGCCCCCAAAGCACAGGGCCCAGAGCGGUCGCCCUGAUUCGCCCUGAUUCUGUUCCACUGUUGAACUAUUUAGCUACUAGUUCAUCUUAAAUAGGAUAUACAACCUGUUGAUGCUCUUCGUGAAUACCAUUGUGGAUAAUACACACAGUUCUUUGGCUGUUAAAGCACUAGUCCAUUAACGAAAGCUAACCAACCUUGCUUUAAUUUACUUUCUAUUUUAGAAUGUCAUGUUUAGCUAAGAGGUUACGUUUAGCUAUAUUGUAUCACUUGAUUUAUUUACUGUUUUAAUCUUUUGUAUCUCAUUUGUAUAAACCUUGUUGAUUGAAUUGUUUAUUGGUUUCCUCCUAAUUGAUUAAGCAAUUGAUUAUUUAAAUAAAUAUUUAUCUAUUUCAAAUUCAA